UCGAUUUUCGUAACCCCAAUUAAUUCCGUGAUUAAUGAGUAGAUAAUUAAAUUAUGGGGCGAGUCAUGUAUUCCACUAUUCCACAAAUUACAGAAACUCUCUUGAAGGAAUUCGGAAUGUCUCUUCAACAGGGAAUUCCCGAUCCUUUCAGAACCCCGGUGUUCAGGAAAGUUGUUUCUUUAAUCCCAGAAGAGCGCCUCCGAAAAGAACGAGAAGUAACCGAAAGGAGUUGUAACCCUGAGAAUUUUCCACUCCCUGGGGACACCCCAACCCCACAGGCCCCACUCCAAAUUCCAGAGGAAAAUCCGGGAAAAAAUUUGAUUAACAAUCGCAAGAAAAAUUGUAAGGAGCAGCGGCAACGACGCGACAAUAAAUCCCGAUAUCCGGCUGAGAAAACUAAAGAUCAAUCCAACAAAUUCAACGAGAAAGUCAAAACGUUUUGCUAUUUCAGACCCUUGCCACCGCAAAAAAUAGUUAAAACGGAUAUCUCCACCUGCAGAAGCUGUCCGCAGUCUAAAGUCGGGAAGAUGAUGAGGGGAAUAUUCAGGAGAUGCAAAAACAGGAUGAAGAGCAUCUCCAAGUCUCCGCCUGAUGUCGACGUGAAUUUCGUGUGCUAUCGGUGCAACUACCCCUGUUUCAAGAUCUGCGGAAGAUACAAGACCGGAGAAUUACCUGUGGAGAGGAUAAUCCCCGGUUCGAAUGAUUUCCACGCAGACGAGGGUGGCGAAAUGAGAAAAAUAAAUCUGAAUGAGAACAGUCCGACGAGGCGUGAGGCGUUCACGAGGAAAUCCAAGACAUCAGCGAAAAAAAUCUGGAAAAGUGCAAUCAGUGUUCACUCAACUACGGAUUCCGCACCCAACGAUUCGUCUGUGCAAAUUCUCCAGAGGAAAACGAGUGACAGGGGGAGCAUUCCCUUCGAGGGACACUCUAGGAAUACUCUGAAAUCGAGGACCUCCUCCGAGAGGCUGAAGAAAUUCAUCUACGAUGUUUUCCCUCCAACGGUGGAGUUCAUAGCCUCCGGAGAAGAUCUUCCAGGAAUGAGGUGGGGAAAGGAAUUCUCUAAACCUCCGAUCGAUCAAGGAAAUGAGAAUGCAGUGGAAAGAGAAAGAGAUUCUGAAGAAAAUUCCAGUCUUCAAACGGAAGUUCUUGGUGACGCUAGGAGUCGCUUUAAGCUAGAGGGCCGUGUCCUGGAGGUUAUUGGAAUGGAGGGAAUUCCUGAGAGAAAUGAACAAUUGUGUCAGGGGCAUCAGUUCGUUUCGAUGAAUGAUUAUUUGCAGCUGUUUUACGAUAAUCGGAGGAAAAUACCUGGAGAUUCUGAGGGAUCCAAGAAAGUUGAGGUACUCUAUGGACGAACUUCCACUGGGAAGUUGGACUUCAACUCAAACGCGGAAUAAUUUUUUUGACGUUAGGUGAGGUGAAU